AUGUCUCUUUUUGAGGGCCAUCGGUUCCUCAUUAUACAGUCCAGCGAGCUGUCUGCGACCAAGGCGGAGUAUUUGAAGAAGCAGAUCAUUGGCACUGGGUACAAUGAGGAGGGGGGCAUCUUGCUCAAAAGGAAUUCUGACCUGAUUCCAAUAUCUAACGAGAAAUUGGUAAACGUCACGCUGAUAGUAUCGAACACAGUGGAUUUUGUGGAAUACCAGCUCGCAGAGGAAUUGAUGAUCCCGGUCGUGCGAGACGCGUGGGUAGUAGACUCAAUUGCUGCAAACCUGAUCGAGACGUUGCGAAUGUAUUCACCUGAUCCCAAAUACUUCCUUAGCAGUGUGAGCAUAUGUUGCGCAGCUUCAAUUUGCACAGGCGACAAGGAGGCCCUUUUCAGCGCCGUGCGCUCAUUUGGCGGGAUACACACAGACCAUCUGUCCCGAAGAACAACCCAUCUGAUUGCCGUUGACACGGACGACGACAUCUGCCGUAUGGCCAUUGCAUUCAACCAGGCAUGUGAACGAAAGGCCAUUGCGAUUGUGAGGCCGGAGUGGCUUCUGGACAAUAUAAUAUCCAAACGCAAGCUUGCCGAAGACAGAUACGGCGUUGGAUCUAAGGAGCGAUACGCAGAGCCGAUGACUUCUACCCUGUUCAGAGGACGGACUUUUUUUUUGGAUGAUGACUUUAAUAUUUCGAGCCGAGUGAGCUCUAGCCUGAAAACCCUCAUUGAACAGCACGGGGGCAAGGUGGAUUCUGAAAAUCGAGCAAACACGUACAUUGGGAAGUAUCGGGCUGGCGAUAUGUAUCAGCUUGCGAACGAGGAGAAGUGGCCUACUGGAAACCUGAACUGGCUAUUUUGGAUGCUGCUACACGAGGAAUGGAUCCCUCCAGGUAAAAUAAUGCUCCACUACCCGUACCCACGCGAGCCCUUGGAAGGGAUGGAUAGGGUAGUGGUUUCCGUCACGCAUUACAGCGGCGAUUCACGGCUGUAUUUGCAGCAGCUGGUGGAAAUCAUGGGCGGAACAUUUACGAAAAAUCUUCGACAAUUCACCACCACGCAUCUGCUUGUCGCGAAGCCUACGGGCGAAAAAUACAAAUACGCACAGGAAUGGAACAUCAAAUGCUUGAAUCACCUGUGGCUUGAAGAAAGUUACGCCAAGUGGGAGCUCCAAGACGAGACCGACCCCCGCUACUUGAGGCUAGGUGACCAGGUGGACGUUGCUCAUGCUGUUGGCCAUACAAGCUUGGAGAUAGGAUUGCCUAGUAGCCAGAACACGCGGAUGGAUUCUCAAGAGGUGCCCGGCUCACUGGAGAUGCCACGCAAGAGGCUCAAGCCAAACAGCAAGCCGUACGAUAUCGUUGCAAUACUGACUGGUUGCGAUAAGGAGCUCAGUGCGUCUGAUCUCCGGAAUCUCAGCAAAGUGGGUAUCAAAAUUGUUGAGCAGCCAACGAACUCCCUCAAUUGCAUCAUUGCUCCCGGCAUUCUUCGAACGGAGAAGUUUCUCAAGUCGUUGAGCAAGAGCCCGCAAUAUUUACUCACGCCGACGUUCCUCAUAGACGUUCUCGCUACCAUCAACUCGCAUAAACUGGACAAUUUCGAGCGCGUCAAACCAAGUACUGACAAAUAUGACUUGUCUAGACAUAUCAACUUCAAGAAGGACUCCAAGAUGAAGGAGCUAUUCCUGGAUCCUUCGCUAGGCGCCCAGAACAUCGUCAAUCUGAUUGAAAAUAGCAACUGCAAAUUAUUUGAAUCGGGAGAUUUUUGCGUGUCAGCUACGAUCCCGGGCGGACCCGAUCUAAUCAGUAGCAUUGUGAGGUCUUUUGGUUGCCAGGUGUGCCUGACUGUCGACAAGAAAACCAAGAGACUGCCAAAAAGGGUGGCAGCUACAAGAUACUUACUUUGCGAGGCAAAAGAUGAGCCACUGCAGAAUCAUUUUCGCAAACUGGCAGAGGGGGAGCAUUACCGUAUUGUAGAGUGGAACUGGGUCGUGAUGUCCAUAUUCAAUACCAAACUAGUGGAUAGAUUCAUAAUUGAUGAGAGCUAA